GUGAGGAAAUACUGUCAUGAGCAGAACCACAGCGGCAUGAAGUGCACGGCGAAACCGUCCAAGAAUCCCUGCUUCACCCGUGAACAGUUGUCGGAGGCCAGCGGAUUUAUACGCGUUUUAGAGGGGGUUUAGGUCCAGCGCGAUCUAGAAGGAAAAGUUUGCUCACCGUGACGUUUGGAGGUGAACGGGACACCAGCAGCGAGCAUGGCGGAGAGAAGUGGCCGGUUGAGCUUCCCAGGGAGCGGGGCGCUCAACAGACCGGUGCCAAUGAACCUGUUCGCCACCUGGGAGAUAGACGGCUCAUCUCCCAACUGCAUCCCCAGGUUGUGUAGUCUGACUCUGAAGAAGCUUGUUGUGAUGAAAGAACUGGAUAAGGAGCUGAUUUCUGUCGUCAUUGCGGUUAAGAUUCAGGGCUCCAAGCGAAUCCUGCGUUCUCAUGAGAUAGUGCUUCCCCCUGCUGGUGGGGUGGAGACUGAUCUUGCUCUCACAUUCUCACUGCAGUACCCUCAUUUUCUGAAGAGAGAGGGGAAUAAGUUGCAAAUCCUGCUUCAGAGGAGGAAGAGGUACAAAAACAGAACCAUUUUGGGUUACAAGACGUUGGCUGCUGGUUCAAUUGACAUGGCUGAGGUGAUGCAGCAUCCUGCAGAGGGAGGGCAGGUCUUGGCUCUGUGCAGUAAUCAGAAGGAGUUUUUGGGUAAAGUUGCAGAGAUAUGGAUCUAUUCCCUGUCCAGUCAGCCAAUAGACCAUGAGGAAGCAGCCAUUUUGGGACAGAAAAUCAAAUGUUCUGAUAAUUACUCAGAGGAAGAAUAUGAAAGCUUCUCAUCGGAGCAGGAGGCCAGUGAUGAUGCAGCACAGGGACAGGAUCUUGAGGAUGAUGAGUAUGAGAUAAGGAAAACGAAAAAGCAGAGGAGGUCUAUAGUCCGGACGGCAUCCAUCACCAGGCAGCAGAACUUUAAGCAGCGUGUGGUGGCAUUGCUCAAACGCUUCAGAGUUUCUGAUGAGGUGUUGGACUCGGAGCAGGAUCCAGCCGAGCCGCCUCCGGAGGUGGAGGAAGAUCUGGAUCUGGAAAGUUUGGAGUUUGAGAAUCCAAGUGACAGUGGACCAGAUCUGGAUGAUGACGAAAGUGUUCUUAGCACCCCAAAACCCAAACUCAAGCCUUAUUUCGAAGGAAUAUCUCUCUCUAGUUCUCAGACAGAGAUUGGCAGCAUUCACAGCAUCCGCAGUCACAGAGAGCCACCCAGUCCAAUGGAUCCUGAUAAAAUGAGAGCUGUUGGUGGGAAGUUUCAGAUGGAUAAUGAAUCGGAUAAUGUUUCACUGGGUCAUUCUGAGGUUUUGACCCCUACCACAGAGUUGGAGAUGAUGGACAACAUGGACACUUUCAUGCAGAGGCUGCCUCCUAUAGGCAGAAUGACCAAAACGGAGUCUCUAAUCAUUCAGUCAAACCGGGUGGAGCCAAAGCUGGCAGGGCGACGGGGGCGGAGCACAUCUCUUAAGGAGAGGCAGCCGAGUCGACCGCCCAAUGAGAGAGCCAACAGUCUGGACAAUGAGCGUUCAUUUGACACACGCUGCCACCUACAGAUUCCACGCAAAACAGUUUACGACCAGCUGAACCACAUCCUGGUGUCAGACAGCCAUCUGCCUGACAGCAUCAUCCUCAUCAACACCUCUGACUGGCAGGGCCAGUAUGUAUCUGAGGUGUUACAGAAUCACAGUCUUCCUGUUGUGUGUACAUGCACUACGGCUGACAUACAGGCUGCAUUCAGCACCAUCAUCUCUCGCAUACAAAGAUUUUGUAACAGUAACUCGGUCACUCCAACUCCAGUGCGGAUCGGAGUGGCAGGACCUCAGCAUUACCUGUCUGCUGUUUUGCGUUUAUUUGUUGAUCACCUGACACACAAAACCCCCAACUGGCUUGGAUACCUGCGAUUCCUUAUCAUCCCUCUUGGUGUUCAUCCAGUGGCUAAAUAUCUGGCCAGCAUAGACUACAGAUAUAACAAUCUGUUCCAGGACUCUGCAUGGAGAGAUCUUUUCAGCAAACUAGAAGCGCCAACCUCAGUUCAGGACAGUCCAGAUGUGGUUUCCAGGGUAACACAGUAUAUGUUGGGGGCAAAUGGAGCUCAUCAGUUGCCCAUAGCAGAGGCCAUGUUAACCUACAAGCAGAAGAGGAAAAAGAGCUUUCAUUUUGAUUUUGCAGUAAGUCUUGAUGAAGACUCCUCUCAGAAGUUCAUCCCUUUUAUUGGGGUGGUGAAAGUGGGGAUUGUUGAACACACUUCUGCCACAUCUGGUGAUUCAGACGAUGCUGCUCCUGUGGGCUCUGCUCUUCUCUCUUCUACUCCUCCUGCACAGAUCUCCCCUUUACUGAAAGAAGCAUCUCCAACGCCUCCCUCCUCUCCCUUAGUGCAUGUGUUCAGUUCUCCUGGAGGGGGCCAGGGGGAGCUGAUGGGUCUUCAGGUUGAUUACUGGAUUGCUCCAUCAGAGAGAAAGAAAGAAGUGGAGAAGAGAGACUCCUCUGCCAAAAACACUCUUAAGUGCACCUUCCGCUCACUGCAGGUUAGCCGCCUCCCACUGGGCGGGGCAGAGGGGGCUCAUCAGCCCACCAUGUCCAUGACUAUUGUAACCAAAGAGAAGAAUAAGAAAGUGAUGUUUCUGCCUAAAAAGACCAAGGAUAAAGAGGCGGAGUCUAAGAGUCAGGUGAUAGAGGGCAUAAGUCGACUCAUCUGCACCGCUAAACACCAGCAGACCAUGCUGAAAGUGUUGAUAGAUGGAAUAGAAUGGAAUGAUGUGAAGUUUUUCCAGCUCGCAGCUCAGUGGUCAUCUCACGUGAAACAUUUUCCCCUGGCCGUCUUCGGACCCUCCAAAGGGCCUUACUGACCUACAGCCACACAUCUUCACUCCUCUGUGCUACGGCUGCCUUCACUCCCAGUGCUGCCUCAUGGUUUUAUUUAAAUAUCUGCUUAUGAUUUGCGUCAGUUCUUUAUUUUAUUUCAUUGAUAUUGAUUGUGAUUGAUUGAAAGACUUCAUGCAGUUUUGGCAACGGGGUGUAUUUCUUGAGCUUUUAAAACAGUUUAUGAAGAAAAGAAGACUAAUGAACUGAUUCUUUAAACUGAUUUAACUCCAUAACUUGUGAAUUUUGGGGUGGUUUGGGUCAUUCUGCAAACUUUCUCUACACAUCUCGGCAUCAUUUCAGCAGUUGACGCACUCAUGAGUGAACUUACUAGCGUGAGGGGAACUGUGCAUAGUCAUAUACAAAAGACAGAAUCUGGAUUUCAUUUCUUUUAAAAGGAUUUUCCAUAUGUAGUUCCUGUGGAAUUACUUUGCUUUGUUCUUGAAAACUGCACCAGAAUGUACAGGUCCUGAAAAACAUGAUCUUUAUCAGUAUUUUUGUCUGGUUUUCCAGUAAAAAUAUCGAAAUAUCCUUUACUUGAGAAGCAAAAUUGUGUACGAUAUUAAGACUUGUUUUCAGAGAGUAUAUCUUGAAUUGCAUUUGUUUUGUUACCCCAUUGGCAAAUAAUUUCUUCUUGUUUUAAGGAUAAAUGUGUGAACAUUUGUUAGAUUUAUGCCUAAAACAAGAAAAAAGAAAAGAAAAACUAUUUUAAAAUAUAUUCUCAUGCAAUUUUUACACAAUUUUGCUCAAGUAGGCCUAAAUUUAUCUUUUUUAAGGAGGUUUAGAUAUUUUUACAGGAAAAUAAGAAAAUUAAGAACAUUUUUGAUAGAGAAAAUUAUUUUGUUCCAUCCUCUUCUUUUUUUCCUCUCUCACUGUGUAACCUCAACAAGCUCAGAGGGGCUCUUGAAGGUUAACUGUGUGUGUGUGUGUGUGUGUGUGUGUGUGUGUGUGUGAGAGAGAAUGUAUUCACUGAAGGUACUAAAAGCUAAAGCACUUUUAAAACAUUACUAGAUUGUGUUUCUGUUAUAAUGCUUCCUGUGGUGCACAGCGCUGUUCACUCCAGGUAAAAACUGCAGCAAAGCCUUGUUGGAACUCUGCAAGAACUGACAGAAACUGGAUUGAGUGCCUUAGACUCACCACUGUCACACUGUGUGCUGCACUCUUCUUUUUUAAUUUAACCGUUUCUUAGAAUGAAAUGUAUGUUCUAUUUUAUUUGUUGGCUUGUUUAGGGGUUUUUUUUAUUUAUUUUUUUUAGAUAUCCAAUGUUUCCCCAGAUGUUGAAUUGGAUUUUAGACAAUUGUGCCUAAAACUUGAUGACCUGGAGACCAGGUGAAUCAUUUGAAAGGUGAUUCUCACAAAACAUCUGAAGUCUGAAUAAAAUUUCACCCCAAAAUCUAAAUAAAUAAGCGAUUUUAUUUUUAUUGAAUUAUUUGGACCAUUUAAGAUUUUAUACGUUGACAUUAUUUUGACAAUUAAGUACAUUUGCCACAUUCUUAUUCAUGUUACUCUAAUGAAAAUAAAAAUAUAUAUUUAAAUUGUUUAAAAAACUAAAAUUAAAAUAAAAUGCACAUCAUGGUAUUUGUUACACUGCCUUUAACUGAUACUGAUUUUGAAAAAAAAAAAAAAAUAUUGAGAGGAAAAUGAGAAUGAAAAUCACCCUUGAAAAUAAAGGGAAUUAUAAAACACUGAAGCAAAAUGUCCAGAUGCAUUAUCUUAGUAAGUAUUUGGGAAGGAAAAUUUGCAAAUAUAAUGAAAAUAAUGUCACAAUUCAAAAACAUCUUAAUGGUCAAGUAAGCUUAAUUUUCUCCAUUAUUACAUAAAUAUAAUUUCAUAUUUUAUAUUUGAAAUGUGACCUGGACAUGUUUUGUGAGAUGCACCCAGAAACACUAAAAAGGAGCCACAUAAAUAUAAUUAAUCUCACUAAAUGUAGCAUAAAAUGUACUGUGUUCCAUAGCUUUAGUGCUUACUGUAUGCCUGCCUUUAGGUGACAUGAGCACAUGUACUGUAGAUGCUAAUGUUUUAGUGUUCUAUAGGUUUAUUGAGGCUCUGAACUUUGUCAGUUUCUAAUCCAAAGGAUUGUGAGAUUGAGAUGUCCUCAUUAUACGCAGAUAGUGCAGUUUUCAACUUGAAUGAUAUUUGUGCCUCAGUUGCUCCAUAGUGAAAAUGUCAAAACAAACAAAUCCAGCCCAUGAGGGAACUGUCCCCUAAUUCAGCUCACUGAUUCACACUUGUCACAAUUGAUAUAGGUUAAUGCCCAAACUAAUGAUAUCAGUAUUUUUAUAUGUCUGGUCAAUAGAGGUUUGAUGGCAAUACCUCAUGCUUGUUCAAAGUGUAAAAGUUUCAUAACUUUUACACAGUAUGUAGUGAGCUGUGCUGAUGAUGUCAAUUUAUACAGAAAUUAAAGCUGUGCUAAAGAACUGUUUGUUUGCUGUUUAAAUGAAUACCUGCCACUAGUAUUAGUUUGUUUUUUAUUAUUAUUAAAAAGUAUAAUAUAAAUGUAUUUUAGUUUUUUUUUUUAUUUAAAGAUUCUGCUCCAGUUGUGGGGGAUUCCUCAUAUAAAUUUGUAUUUGUAAAAAAAAAAAAAAAAAACCUGUUACUUGUAAAAAAUACUACCACAGUUAUUCCUUUACUGGAACUUAAUAAAACUA